CUAACCCCUCUGUUCGCAGGCAUCCGCGAGUUCACGGGAACGCCUCCGCGCGCCAACGAACGGCGUCAGGGAGUCGUCGAACGCAAGCCCGACGACUCGGAGAGCGCGACGACGACCGCCUCCACGACUCCGACGAACACCGAGUACUCGACGCCCGCGACGGCCACUGACCGCCACUUCGGUGCCAUUCCGCGCACUCGCAGUCGUCGGCCCACUUGGAAGCUGUCGUCCGAAUCGCAGACCAUGCGAAUCGACGACGCGUUCGGUCUCUCGUCCGACGACUCUUCGGACGACCAGCAGAUGGCGCGCAAGGAGUCCAUCGAAUCAAUCCAUUAUUCCGUCUUCGCGUCUGAGCCGUCCAUUGGUCUCGCCAUCAGUCCCUUCGCGCCGUCCGUCCACCAGCCCUCUCAUACCCAGUUCGUCCUCACGUGCAAAGGCUUCGGUGCGGAACCGAACCUCUUCUCCAAUCUGCGAUGGUUUGAUCCGCGCGGCGAAGAGAUCACCAAAACAUACUCGGAACGCGUGAAUCCCGACAUCCGCGUCGACGAACUGCAAUACGGCGUCAUUUUGCUGCACUUCCUGAACCCUCUGCCCGACACUUCCGGUCAAUACCGCUGUUCCGCAACAUUCCAACACUCAGACACUUUCGAAGCCAAGAUUCAAAUCAACUUUUUCCAGGACGUCCAAUGGGAAGACUGUCCGUCCGUUCAGUCCCUCGUUUUGGGCUCUCGUCAAUCGGACGCCAAUCGCAUCCGCUGUAAGGCCACCGCAAACCCCAAACCCAACGGUCAGUCAAACGCCAGUUCCCACUCUCCUCCCACUCACGUGACUCUCUCUGCAGUCGUGUGGAGUAAAGACGGC